AUGCUGUUGCAAGUUAUCUUCAUAUUCCUCGCGCUUCAGGUGAACAGCGUGACUCUUAAACCCUAUGAACGACAUGAGGCUCCCGUCGCCGACCAGACGUUCGAUUAUGUGGUUGUUGGUGGCGGUACCGCUGGAAGCACCAUUGCGACACGACUAGCACAGAACGACUUCAAAGUCGCCUUAAUUGAAGCUGGCGGAUAUUAUGAGCUCCAGUCUGUGGCGGAGAUUCCCGCUGCUGAUGCACUGCCUGUGGGAUCAGAUCCAGCUACCAGCGCACUCGAGGAUUGGGGGUUUGUCGCCAGAGGUCAACCAGGUGCUAAUGGUCGAGCGAUUCAUUAUGCACGUGGAAAAUGUCUCGGAGGAUCAUCAGCCUUGAACUAUAUGAUCUAUCAGCGUCCGACGCGCGAGUCCAUGACGCAAUGGGCUAUCGUAGUUAAUGACAGCAGUUAUACAUUCGACAAAGUUCUCCCAUUAUACAAAAAGAGCGUCAAUUUCACGCCGCCAAACACCAAUUAUAGGGCUGAGAAUGCCUCGGCGGCCUACGAUGCCGAUGCGUAUGACCCAAAUGGCGGGCCAUUACAAGUGUCGUAUUCAAACUUUGCCAUGCCUUUCUCGUCCUGGAUGAGCCUUGGUAUGGAUGCCAUCGGCAUCAAGAAAACGAAAGACUUCAACCUGGGAACUAUAAUGGGCGCCCAGUAUUGUUCAUUGACUAUUGACCCGUCAUAUGAGAUUCGCAGCAGCUCGGAGGAAUCUUUCCUCUCCAAGAUAACUCCCAGCUCAAGGACAAUAUACAUAAAUACUCUCGCCAAGAAAAUAGUCUUCGAUGGGAAUAAAAGAGCAACGGGAGUGCAAGUGAAAGGCCAACUUGAUAGUACCAUUACCAUUUCAGCAUCGAGGGAAGUUAUCAUCUCCGCCGGUGCUUUCCAAUCUCCCCAGCUUCUCAUGGUAUCCGGCAUUGGCCCAGCUGAUCAAUUGAAGGAGCACGGAAUUGACAUUGUGGCUAAUCGACCGGGGGUCGGCCAGAACUUGUGGGAUCACCCCUUCUUUGCGCCUACGUACCGAGUGCGCGUAACAACAUUGACUGGGCUUGUCACAAACCUCAUCUACGCAGCUGGUGAAAUUAUCGGUGGGCUGAUUGCUAAAAGAGGAAUCUUGACAAACCCAGGGUCGGAUUUCCUGGCCUGGGAGAAGAUACCGCAAUUUCUGCGCUCGGCCUUCUCUCAACAAACGCUCAAUAAAUUAACCCAGUUCCCUCCUGACUGGCCUGAAGCAGAGUAUAUGUCUGCUCCAGCAUAUAUCGGCAACGUCUCCAACCUCUUAGCAACCCAGCCAAGAGAUGGAUACCAGUAUGCCUCGAUGCUUGGUGUAUUGGUAGCACCUCUAUCCCGAGGCAAUAUCACGUUGGCAUCAGCAGAUACUUCAGAUCUACCUGUGAUCAAACCCAACUGGCUCGAUGACCCAGCGGAUCAAGAAGUUGCCAUUGCCAUGUUCAAGCGGAUGCGCCAGGCUUUCCAAAGUAAAGCCAUGGAGCCGGUAAUUAUUGGCGAUGAGUAUUACCCUGGAUUGCAGGUUCAGUCUGAUGCACAGAUCCUCGAGUUCAUUAAGAAUAAUGUCAUGACUCUGUGGCAUGCUGGUUGUACUUGCAAAAUGGGCACUCCGGAUGACUAUAUGGCCGUGGUUGACUCGCAGGCGCGCGUUUAUGGUGUGCAGGGACUACGUGUGGUCGAUAUUAGCGCGUUUCCUUUCCUGCCACCUGGUCAUCCUCAGUCGACAGUUUAUAUGCUUGCCGAGAAGAUUUCCGCGGAUAUUAUUCAAGGUUCCUAA